AUGCCAAACCUAACGAGUUUAGAGUUUGAGGCGUUGGAUAUCUCCGGGGAUAAUUAUCUCGCGUGGGCACUAGAUGCCGAAAUCCACCUCAGUGCAAAAGAGCUUGGUGAAACAAUCAAGGAAGGGAAUAAGGCUGAAUCUAAGGAUAAGGCAAAAGCAAUGAUAUUCCUUCGCCAUCACCUCCACGAAGGUCUCAAGAGUGAAGCUCGUUAUGAUUGGACACAUCUGAGACUCCAGGACUUUAAGUCUGUAAGUGAGUACAACUCAGCAUUGUUCAAGAUUACCUCCAAGUUGGAAUUAUGUGGAGAGAAAGUCACGGAUGCUGAUAUGUUAGAGAAGACAUUCUCUACAUUUCAUGCAAAUAAUGUUGUCCUGCAGACACAAUACCGUGAAAAGGGAUUCCAGAAGUAUUCCCAGUUGAUAUCUUGCCUUCUUGUGGCAGAGCAAAAUAAUGAGCUGUUGAUGAAAAAUCAUGGUCUGCGCCCAACUGGUUCUGCUCCAUUCCCUGAAGCGAAUGCGACAUCCUAUGAUAGGAAAGAACAAAACCACAGAGGACAAGGCCACAUCCGUGGUCGAGGUCGUGGUGGACGGGGUCGUGGACGUGGAAGAGAUUUUGGUGUACGUCAAAGAGGAAAUGACCAUUGGGCUCGUUUGUGCCGUACACCAAAACACCUUGUUGGUCUUUAUCAACAAGCUGUUAAGGAAAAGGGAAAGAAUGUGGAAACAAACUUGGUGUACGAAGAUGGUGAAGAUGAUCUUGAGAUGAGUGAAGCAACUCACAUGGAGAUUGCUGAUAUUCUCGCCCCUGAAGGGAAUAUGAGAAUUUAA